AUGCGGUCGCGACCCUCUGUCAAACCGUCUGACUACCCAGCGCUGCCAUUCCACGGCAUUCGCUUCAUGAGCUUUCUCUCCUCGAUCGUGGUCGCUAUUAUCCUCGCUAUAUUCAUCUACCAUCUCCAUGCCGACGGAUACAAAUUACCCUUCGCCUUCCUAGUCCUCCUAAUCACAUCCCUUCUCUCCCUCCUAACCACCCUCCUAACCACCCUCUCAAACUGCUGCUGCGGCCUCUCCCCAAAAUUCUCCCUAGCCCUACACAUCCCCCUCCUCAUCCUCUGGCUCCUCUCCCUCGCCCUCCUCGCCUACAGCAUGUCCGGCACGAUCCUGACAAAAUGCACAACGACUUACUGGCCCACAUCAACCGCCCUCUCCGUCUGCCGGUCCUACAAAGCUCUCUUCGCAUUCACCGUCGUCGGCACGGCGGCGUAUAUCGCGGCGAUUUGGCUGGAUGUCGUUGUGAGGCGGAGACAGACGAGGCUGGGCGCUUAUGGGCCGAUGGGGAGUUCGGCGGCUGUGGGGGAGGAUCCGUGGGAUGUGAAGUUGGCAGAGAGACGGGAUUCGAGUGCGGAGGGGAGGUAUGAUUCUGUGCCGCAGCCUGAGCAGAGGAGGGGCGCUGCGAGGGUGCGGUUUGGUCAGGGGUAUCAGCAUCCUGCUGAGCAGACGGGGUAUGAUCCUGCGGCUUAUCGGUGA